AUGGAGAAAAUCUAUGAAGAAGCAUCAAAGAGGAUUAAAAACCUGACCCAAACUGAAUUAAACUCUGUAAACUUGUUCAAGACUAUAAACGAACAUGCACUCUCACUCCAUAACUAUUAUAUUGACAGAUUGAUAUUGAGCCCGGAAAAGUUUGAGAAGAUCGAUAAAAAUAUUCGUCGAAUUCUUAUGGACAAUCAUAUCCACUUGAAACCCGCAAACAAAAAAAGAUUUUAUCUUCCAAGAAAGGAAUUUGGUAGAGGCCUGGAGUCAGUCAGUAAUAAAGCGGAGAGAAUCAUUCUUCAAUUUUAUGCUGAUUUGAAAUAUAAGGCAAACUACUGCCUAAAAAGAGCAGAAAUUCUACUCGUCAUCAAUUCAAAGAAAACGCAUACGGCCACUAUCGCAGAAUUCUUGUCUCGAAAAUACAAUGAAAACGUAAAUGAAUUGAAAAUAUCAGACCUGGUAAAACUUCAACGUGAAUAUCUAUGUAAAAAAUCGAAAGAAGCCCUUGCACUCUAUUUUGUUCGAAUGUCUAAAGAAUACUGA